AUGUCGGUGCAGCCGUGCAGGUGUUGGGAUACCACUGCAUGGGUGACUAGAGGAGAAGAUACUGCUCUUAGCCAGUUAAGCCCACAGGAAAAGAAAACAGUUGAAGCAAUUGUGAAAGCAAGCGAGUAUCCCUUAUCAAUUGUGGUAGUUGGAGUUGGAGAUGGACCAUGGGAUAUGAUGGAGAAAUUUGAGGGUAAAAUUCCUCGACGGGCCUUUGAUAACUUUCGGUUUGUGAAUGCUGCAGACAUUUUCUCAAAGAAUAUGGACAGCUCAAGAAAAGACGUAAAAUUUGCUUCUGCAGCCUUGCUGCAAUUACCCUCUCAGUAUAAAGCAACACAAGAGCUCAGCAUAUUGGGUGCUACAAGAGAGAAUGCGGUGCGCAGGAUUCCUCUUCCCCCUCCUCGUUACAGUUCAGGCUUUGUUGGCAGUGAAAGAGCACCACAUGCUUCUGACAAUCAUCUCUGUCCCGUUUGCCUAACCAAUGAGAAAAAUAUGGCAUUUGGUUGCGGACAUCAGACAUGCUGUGACUGUGGACCAGAUCUUGAGACGUGCCCGAUUUGCAGAAGCGCCAUCUACCUCAGGAUAAAACUCUAUUGAGCCUGCAUUUGGAACACUGCU